CCCCGAGAGCCCGAUUUGCGCCUGCGCACUUUAACUCGGUAGAAAUAUCCGUCGUCGUAGGAGCUUAAACCUUUCUUUCUUGUGGUUGAGAAGAGAAAUCAACAUUUCACUCGACAAUAUACUUGCCUUAUUUGCAUCUCUCUCCCGUAUUCCCAUAGUAAGGGGGGACAUAUUCUAUAGGGCACGACCCGCUUCUGUCCUGUUAGAUAAUCUAACGGCCGGUGGGGUUCAUGCUGGGUGAGACCAUAGGGUUUCUCAUAUGGUUUAUGACUGCUAUAAGCUGGGUCUUUAAAGCACCUUUGGCUUUCUUUUAACGAUUUUUGUCUUCGCAGUCCAACAGUGUGUGGAACUGAGUCCGAAAUUUCUAUGUUGCGAAAACUGCAAGUCAAGUCAGAAGGAGCGGUGUUAUUGUGAAGGAGCAUUUGAUAAGCGGUCUUUCUUGAUAGUAUUGGAAAUGCGCAUUUGUUCACGAGCCUCAUAAGGAUGAAAUUAACACUGUCCGGCAGAUGAUAAAUUAACAACCUUGGCCAGGCUAGAAGAAAGCUAGUCAGGCAGAGAAUACUUAUCGAGAAGAUAGGGAGGAAAGUUAAGCUCGCCUUCAGCUGUCUUGCAGUGUUCUUAUAAGGAAGCAGGCCAGGUCUUACAGCUGCCAGCCUGAUUGACAUGCGAAAGGAAAUUUGAGUAUUUGAAUUUAAAUUAUUCAACAAGCUAGAAAUAUUCCUUUGUUCAGGCAUUUAAUAAACGUUGGAUACAAGAUAGACUGUGAUUUCAGAGGCAGUACAGGGAAAGCACAGAGUUAUGUGAACAAAGUAACCGUAAAGAGAAGAGGAGAUGCAAAGUAGAGUUGUUGCUGGCUAAGUUUUGUGUAGAACAGAGCAAUGCAGAAAUAAAGGUCAUUGUGCUAGCCACAUAGCGAGACAUCACGUUGAACAUCACUGCGAGCAAAUAGUAUUCGUUUUUAAGUCAAGAGUUAAGUCAACUGAGCCAGCAAAACCGAGACAAAAUAAGUGACAGCGUCAUAGUCGAUUAAAACCAAUAUCACACUACAGAUUGUAUUGCCAAGCGAGUUUAGCGACAGCACGGUAUAACAUUACAGAAACUGAAGCACACACAACUGCCGAGAGCAGCAUAAAGUCUUGUGCAUAAAUACGAAAGGCUAUUAGGCCCUGAUAUCCGCUUGUUGUAUAUGAGUCUAGCACAUAUUCAAGGUUUGCUGUGUUCAAAUCGUUAUUGCUAUCACUCUGGCCGUGCCUGUAUGAGUGAUAUCUUUGAACAUAAGUCUCAGACGGCAUUUGAGGCACAAGCGAUCGUCCUGCAAACCCAAAUACCCUCGCCAUACCAUACAGGCUCGAUGCACUCCUCGUGUAACUCAAGUCAGUCGACCUUUCCGGCUCAUGCGGACCCAUACUUGAGACAAGACUCACAUAUACAUCUACAAAGUAACAAUGCAGGUCCUUCGGGUUUAAACGCGCCAUUCUACGAGACUCUCAGUUCAAGCGGCAGCAGCUCCGCGCGAUAUUCACCUCAUAGCCACAGACAUAGCUACUACCCUUCACAAUCGUCUGGCCCAACAACUGGGCACCACAGUUUAACCUCGAACGAGCCACAAUCAAACCCCUACAUGUGUUACCCAUCAUUUGUACCACCCGCACGUGGCUACAGCAGUACGUUACUGUCAAGUCAUGUACCAUACAGCCUCGACAGUGACAUGUAUGGCAGAAAUCGAUAUGGAGCACCUCCGAAUGUCCAUGCUCAAUUCCUAGACCAAACAUUCGUGCACGGAGCACAGACAACAGCACCAGGGAUGUUCUACCCAUACGUUCGCCAGUCUUCUACGCCGCAUAUCAUGACAUGUAUGUGGGUAGAACAACAUGGGUACAGCAAAAUGAAACCGUGCGGCAGGCAGUUCAGUCUAAUGCAAGAUAUAGUUAACCAUCUGAACGAAGAACAUGUUCAAACUGCUGAUACGGGUAACGGGCUAUACGUAUGUCAAUGGCAGAACUGUCCACGCAAUGGGCUUCCGUUUAAAGCCAAAUACAAGUUAGUCAAUCAUCUACGAGUGCAUACAGGAGAGAAGCCAUUCCCAUGCCCUUUUCCUGGUUGUGGUAAACUUUUCGCACGAAGUGAAAACUUAAAGAUUCACAAAAGAACACAUACAGGCGAAAAGCCAUUUGUGUGCGAAUUCCACGGAUGCGGCCGCCGAUUCGCGAAUUCUAGCGAUCGCAAAAAACAUUCUCAUGUGCACACGUCCGAUAAACCAUACACUUGCACAAUUGGAGAUUGUAGCAAAAGCUAUACACAUCCGAGCUCUUUACGAAAGCAUAUGAAAAUGCAUAGCGAUGUUUCGCCGACAGGCUCAUCGCUAUCAGGAGAGGAAUUGCCGAAAAUAUACGUGGUGUCGAAACGAGUUCCUCGCACUUCGCCUUGCGAAAGAAUAGGUGAAGAUCGAGAAGUUACAUUAGAAUGCAAAAGCAGCUGAAUCUCGUCAAGCUCUGAUAAUUACAAUGUAAUAUUGCGGGUCAAAAAGGAGCAGAGCUAGUUGCUAGACAUUAAUUUUCUUUAUUUUUUGAAAGUAUUUUGUGCGAACAUGUUAGCAAGCUGAGAAAAUGUACUGUGAGUGACAUGUUGAAAUCGCCAAGCAAGCAGCUAUGAUCAACAAGAACGCUAAAAAAUGUAAAUUUCUUAAGUAGAUUCAGAUUAUACAGUUGCUUUUGAGAAUUCAGUAACAUAUUCUCUAAGACACAUUGUACCGCCUUGUCAUGAAACCACUCAGUAAAUUACGAUUAGCAGCGAAAUAAUAAAGUUUCGUCCACCCGCGUAAAUUGUUACGCGAUAUCACUAUUGCUCAAUGCUCUUUAUUCAAUAAACAACUAUUUAAUGAAAAAACUUUGGGUAACUAGCAAUUUCAACGGUUGUCAUAGUUGCAAACGUUUCUCGUUGAGUUUGUGUUUGGCUGCCAAUAGCAUUUUGCAUCUCAAAUCCUCGACUGAGAGUAUCAUGAAACAACAGAAAAAUCAAAUUGCACUUGAAAACAACAAUCUGGGUUAACAGGAAUUCUUAUACGGAAAAGUGCAUAAAGCCAAGAGUGGUGGACAGCAGAGGUCCUAACCCCAAAUUCUCUCUAAUCGCAGGAGGAAGUCUUUGUGGAGGAGGAGAGAAGCUGGAGAGGAAAGCAAUCUCAGAAACUGAAGAAGUAAUCACUGACGACCAAAACAAAAAGAAUUUAAUUUUUCUCAGGUGGUGUUAGGGAAGCUUUGACAACUGAUACCAUAGCAACAACAUUCGUGAUAUGUAAGUUAAGGAUAUUUGCUAAAACUUUUCAUUAGACAUUAACUUUUAAUUAUUGUUUUAAGAGUUAAUUGCAUUGUACAUUAGACAUGUUAAGUGCUUUUAAAGCCCAAAUCGUUUGAAAACGUGUGUUAAAUAGUAAAAUGUAUUUACGUUUUAGCAAUACACUUGCCGUUUGCUCCUCAGCAUGCAGAAUUUGAGCCUAAUGCCAGAAUCACUGUUGCAUUUUCAAGCACAUUGAAAAAUUGAUGUGUAUAAGAUUAUAUAAGCUAAACAAUACAAGCAUGUUUUGAACAUAGACAUCAACAAAGUCUUUUACAGAGCAAAAAAAGAUUAUUAAAAGUGGAUUUCAAAACAUUUCACCUAAAAUCUCUCCUAAAAUGCAAGUUUUUAUGAUAAUUUCUUACAUGACAUGUCAUUAGAUAAACACAUUGAUACUUUAGAAGGAGAUGUCAUUUAACUAAUGUUUAUGCGAAGAUCUGAAGCAUUUUCAAAUGAAUAUAUACAAGUGCAUUUUCUAAGCCAAAAAAUGUGAAGACAUCAUAGCAAUUCUCUACAUAAGAUUGCUAUUACUGAACCUACACUUUAUAAGCAGACAAAAACUAGAUUUGAUGGAACUAUCAACCAAAAAUAAGGGACGCAAAUUACCAUGGAUCAUAUGUGUAAACAGUUACAAUGCAACCUGAAAUCCUCUUGGUGAUUUCAUAAAAAAGUUUUAAAGCAAGCAGUUUCUUGUAUCAAAAAGCAAGUGGUAUGCUCAUAAGUUAGGGUAGUGAUUAAUGAAAACGUUGUGUUGUCAAGUAUUUUUGCUUUAAGUAAAUUUACUAAAUAAUACUUUUAAUGCAAUUACCAAGUUCAUUGCAUCUUUUAUACAAUACCUGUACUGCUUAUUUAAAGUUUUCAGUUUUAUAAAACAAGCAUGACCAAGUUGAAUAUGCUAACAAAAUCUCUUCUCAGUAUAUCUGUCUGUGAUUUGUCCCCUAAUGUUCUUUAACAGUAUAUCUGUCAUAAGUAAAAAAUAUUUACUAUGUUAACCAAAAAACUCUGAAACUUGGACUUCAUCUUUAAAAAUAUAAUCUAAUCAGCAAAAGAAACCAGAAUGUACAUAUUUGACAUGACUUAGGCAAUAUGCUUGUAAGCAUUAAAUAAUUGAGUUUUCUUGUGCAUUCUAUCUUGUAAGUGCAAUCAACUCAGGGCCUCUGACAAAGGGAGGGCCAGGGGGACCAUGCCCCCACUUUUUUGCAAAAAAAUUGGCUUUUUUCAAAUUCUUUUGUUAUGAGUAAUAAAUAAAUGUCAGAGCACAUGUAAUUUUCUCUAAUUCAAACUUCUGUAUUUCACCUUUACUAAAUUGAAUAAAAUUGUCAGCUCCCUUAUCAAGCCCUUACAAAAAAACAUCCAUAAUCUUAUUCUCUAUGAUUCACACUUUUCAAAAUUUGACCCAUUUUGUCAACCCCAUGAGGUAAAUACCUUUUAAACUUUCUGCAAAUUUCAAAAAACAAGCUGGGUUAGUCCAAGAUUUUGAUGCUACAAAAAUAUGUUUCUACUGAUGGACAAUACAAAGGAGUAACACUAACUACAUUCCAUUGGAGGAGCUUGCCAAAAAUGCCAUGUGGAUUGGUCAAAACGUUCUCAUUCUUUAAAUGGUGGCCUUUACCGUAAAUCCUCGAAUAAGCCCUACUCGAAAAAGC